CAAAAAACGAAAGAGGAAGAAGGAAAGACAGAACGUGCUUACCGCUACACAAAUACCCUAGCUAGCUACCCUCCCUGCUGUAGGAUGAUGUGUCGAACCAGACUCGAUGGAGGAUGACAACUUGUCGGGGCCGAGAAGCAGGCCUGGUUCAUGGAUCGGGAGAGGCUAAAGAAAGUUUGGUAGUGGCCUCGUUGCUUCUUCGCAGAUGGCUCAGGAGUCAGGAGAGAACGCACUGCAUGGCUCGUGAUGAACGAGCAUGUGCCUGCAGGUGCCUGCAGCGACGCCAUCAUCCGAUUUGCUUCUAUGCCAUUGUUAUGCCUCUAGUGCUGUCGGUCUCUGCAGUAGUUCGUUCCAAGAGUUGCCCUAGUGCCUGGUCUGGCACCGUAUUGACCGACUGGUGUCCUCCUCCUUAUCACCUUGUCAGCAGAGAUUUCGUGCAACUAGCCAAACCCAGACUCGGACUGGUGUCAGGAGCAGAUCUAUCUCCGAGCAAAGCCAUGAUGCCAUGAUGCCAUGAUGCCAUCGCAUCGCAUCUGAUCCCAGCAUGCCGGUCCAUGCUUAACCUUCCGAGUAACCAUCCCCGCACCAUCCACGGUUUCCCCCGCCUGGUGAUUCAUA